UUGCUUUACAACCACAAAACUCGAAACAAGAUAAGCCAAACCAACAAAACAACAUCCUCUCUAUUAUCCAUUUUAUCCUCAAAAAAUGCUCCUCCACGGCAACUUCACCACCCCCCUCCGCUGCUUCCUCCGCCACCCUACUCCCCACCGCACCGCCACCCCCACCCCGCUCGCCAUCACAAACUACUCAAUCUCCGACCAAGAGCUCACUUCCCGAGGCUUCACUCUCCACCGUACGAUCACCCACCUCAAUCUCGACGACCUCAACUCCAUCUUCGUCGCCGUGGGAUUCCCCCGCCGCCACCCCGACAAAAUACGUACGGCCCUCGAACACACUGACUCCUUGCUGUGGGCCCAGUACGAGAAAACCCAAAAGCCUGUAGCGUUUGCACGUGCCACGGGGGAUGGUGUGUUCAAUGCAAUAAUAUGGGAUGUGGUGGUGGACCCCAGUUUCCAAGGGUUAGGGUUAGGGAAAGUGCUGAUGGAGAGAUUAGUUGAUGAGCUUGUUAACAAAGGGAUUAAUAAUAUUGCUUUGUAUUCGGAGCCCCGGGUGCUCGGGUUUUAUAGGCCUUUAGGGUUUGUGGCGGAUCCGGAUGGGAUCCGAGGGAUGGUUUAUUCUAGGAAAGGUAAGAAAAGAUAGGUGGUGUGCUUUGUAGCUCAUGAGUGUUUACAUGUAUAUCGAAGUAUGGGAAUGAAAAGAAUAAAUUUGAGACUUUUGCAUGUGA